AUGCCUAUAAAAGCUAUACCUAAAUUAUCUGUCGCACGUAAUGGUGUUGGUGCAUUCGUGAAUCCAUGUUAUAAAGUAAUUGUUCAAUAUUGUAAUUGGGGUGGAUCCUCACAAGGUUUGCGUGAUGUAUUGGCAAAUAAACAAUUAGGUAAAAUUGCUGAUCAACACAAGGGAACAGUAUUUGAAGUGACUAAAAGAUCGGGAAGUCCAAAAUUAAUAUUCCAUUACAAUAAUAAGACUCAACAGACAGUAGAUGUUGCUCGUUUGAAUGAAGGUGAAGUAGUUGAUAAGAUUAAUGAUUAUAUUCGACGUUCAGGAAAUAACUUGUUUAAAUGUAAUCAUAAAGUUAUUUCUAAUAAUGAUUCCGUUAGAGGUAUAUGGUCUCCAUUAUAUACUCCAAAGGGCCACAGAUUUAAGAUCUAA